AUGGGCUGACGGGGGACGGACUCGGCGCGGGCUGCGACGCGGAUGCUGCGAAGGGGGCCGCACUGGUUACGGCGUUCCGCGGCCCGGGAUGAAGCCGCCCAUUUCAAUACAAGCAAGUGAGUUUGAUUCUUCAGACGAAGAGCCUAUUGAAGAUGAACAGACUCCAAUUCAAAUUUCAUGGCUGCCUCUGUCACGAGUGAACUGUUCUCAGUUUCUUGGCUUAUGUGCUCUUCCAGGUUGUAAAUUUAAAGAUGUUAGAAGAAAUAUUCAAAAAGAUACAGAGGAACUGAAGAGCUACGGAAUCCAAGAUGUGUUUGUUUUCUGCACCAGAGGGGAGCUGUCAAAAUAUAGAGUCCCAAACCUUCUGGACCUGUACCAACAGUCUGGAAUUGUCACCCAUCACCACCCAAUCCCAGAUGGAGGGACUCCUGACAUAGGCAGCUGCUGGGAAAUCAUGGAGGAGCUGGCCACCUGCCUUAAGAGCAACCGGAAAACCCUGAUACACUGUUACGGAGGACUUGGAAGGUCUUGUCUUGUAGCUGCUUGCCUCCUCCUAUACUUGUCUGACUCAGUAUCACCACAGCAAGCCAUAGACAGCCUUCGAGAUCUCAGAGGAUCUGGGGCGAUACAGACUAUUAAGCAAUAUAAUUAUCUUCAUGAGUUCCGGGACAAAUUAGCUGCAUAUCUAUCAUCAAGAGAUUCACUAUCAAGAUCUGUGUCAAGAUAAUGAAGAUUUCAAAUAUAUGACUACGUGUGACGUUUCCAAGUUCUCUAGCAUAGUUUGUAUUGAAACCGAACUACUAGUGCUACCAUCCUGAAUAUAAAUGUUCUGUGCCAAUACUCCGAAAGCUUU